GCCUGGCGCACGCAGGGCGGCACGAGAGGGCCGUUAACAGCCGGCCCGGCCCGGGGAGGGCCGCCCCCGCCGGCGGCCACGAUGCUGGCCCGGCGCCUCCGGCAGCUCCUGCUCCCCCGCGGGCGCGCGGGCCCUGUCGCCGCAGCCAUGCCCUGCUCCGAGGCCGCCCCGCAGGCGUCCCCCAGCAAGCGGCCCAGGGCCGCGGCGCCCCCGGAGCCCGCCAUGCGGCUCCGCUUCGCGAAGCUCUCCGAGAACGCCCGCACGCCGUCCCGGGGCUCCACGCGCGCCGCGGGCUACGACCUGUACAGUGCCUAUGAUUGUGUGAUACCACCUAUGGAGAAGGCUGUAGUGAAAACAGAUAUUCAAAUUGCACUUCCACCUGGAUGCUAUGGCCGAGUAGCACCACGUUCUGGUUUAGCUGCAAAGCACUUCAUUGAUGUUGGUGCUGGCGUUAUUGAUGAGGAUUACAGGGGAAACGUUGGUGUAGUACUCUUCAACUUUGGCAAGGAAACUUUUGAAGUUAAAAAGGGAGAUAGGAUUGCUCAGCUGAUCUGUGAACGUAUUUUCUAUCCUGAGCUGGAAGAAGUUCAAGCUCUAGAUGAUACGGAACGUGGUGCAGGUGGCUUUGGUUCUACUGGACAGAACUGAAGAUGCUUUGACUAUACUUUCUGUAAUUUUUUAUGGUUAUAUUACCUAAGUUUUUGUUUUAAUCAAGCGUAGAUAAAAAUAGUUUCAAGGUUUUGUACAGACAUCUGCAUUUCUCUUCCCUCUAUUCUUGGAGGCAGUGAAUUCGUUUGCAUUAUGAGGAAAAGUACAUGAAUAACUUGACAGAUCAGUUCCUGGAUUUUUUGGUUUUUGUUAGAUGUUUGGUCCUCAGUAACAAAUAUUGUUGUUUGUGACGAUUUUACUAUAAUAAAUUUAAAAAUGACUUCAUGAUUUGAUGUGACUCAUCUAAACUAAGAAUAAAUAUGUUCCCUUGCCCCUUUGUAUUAACCUUCUGAAAGCAUGCUUUCCCAUAUUUCAGUAUUUCAUACGUAACUAUUACCACUGAUUCUAUAUGAAACAGGCUAUCGAUAUGACUUUCUACUCUGUAACCCCUAAAUCAGAAUAAGCCAAAGAUAUUUAACAUUGUCUUCGACAACCUUUAAAAAUCCUUGUGUAUCUUUUCAAAGCUACUGUAUUAUCUCUGAUCCUUAAACAGCCGUUUUUCAGCUUUAUUAAAAAGCAGACAAUGUAACCAGUUUUAUGAGUUAAAUAACACAACUCAUCUGGAAGCAACUUCUGUAUAGUACAUUUAUGCUAUGAGAUAUGCUGCUUGUUGACAAAUCUAUGAAUAAAUUAAUAUAGGGAAGGAGGAUUCUUACUGAAGCAGUGUACAAGCCAUUUUUUCAGCAGGAGUAUUUGUUCCAUUCUGACCAGUUAACAAAAAUCUGUUUUGUGAUCUUAAACUGUGGGAAUCUGUCACAUGACCUAUAAACUUGCAGGUGAAAGAACUUGGGGGGGGGGUGAGGGGACGACAAAAAGGAAAGAUUCUUAAAUAUUCUGCCGCUUCACAGAGAAGAAUUACAAAAUGCUGUGAGGCUCUCAAAUACAGAAAUUCUUCUUGCAGGUCUCUGUUUUUAGCUGAAAUGUCACAGAUAAAAAAAAAAAAUACUAUGCUUUAUGUACAGUGUCCCAACAGUGGAAAGCUAGGAGGUGUUUGUAGACUAACAUGUUUUGUUGAUGAUACACAUAAUUUGUUGUACCCGUUGGGAAAAGAUCUAAUUUCUGUUUUAAAGAAUACCUAAUAAUCUGAGGGUUCUGAGGUAAGGAGGAGUAAUAGUUGAUAGAAAAAGCAUGUUCUCAGAAGUUAGACUGCGUGAGGAAGAAACAUGACAGUAAGUUAAUGGAGGUGUGCCUGCUUAAGUUACCAACAUAUAGUGCCUUUACCAAAAAGUGCUCACUUGUUUUAAAGUUUAGUAUGGCCACAUUCCUUUGCGUCAUUUCUCAAUACUUGUUUAGAAAAGCAUGUAGGAAGUUGAAGAUAACUGCAAGACUCUUUCCAGGAGGUUCUUGGAAAAGUCUAUCUGAAAACAAUGCAAAUGCAUUCAAGAUUACUUCACUGAAAUUUUCCUAUUUACAUCCAACCACUGCACUACAUUAACAAAUUCUGAUAAUUCCUUUAGUAGCAUUGGAAUGGUGCUUCAUUAUGAGUAGCACAGCUAUAGAAGUUAAAUACUUCUUACAAGGGAACAUGAGAAUUACAAAACAAUUUAUUGAAAGUUCUUAAGUUGAUAUUUGUUACUGAAGAUCACAAGCUAUAGCAAAACCUAUAGAAUCUUUUUUGUAUUGGUAGUGGAGAAAAACAUUCUUAAAACAGUCUUUACUACUUUCUAUCUAGUUCAAACUAUGAUGCCUGCAUCUAUUCUCCCUAUUUUUAAGAGACAUAAGAGACCCACAGAACUUCCUGAACAUGAACAUUAUUAUAACAUUCCCCUUUUCCAUUAAUAUUACAUUUACUUUGAAAGUCUCCUAUUUUGGUAGCUGACAUGGAAGACACAGAAUAGUGCAUAGUGGAGGGACUAGCUUUUACCUUUGCCUGUUUUUUGUUCGUAUAGUUUACCAUCACCCUAUAAACAAGGAAAAUGAGAUAGACUAGAACUCUUUCAGCAAGGUUAAAACUUAAAAUGCGUCAUUAUAUAGAGGGGAGUUUAUAUUAGGUCAUUUGAUCCUGUUUAAAUCAAAAACAAUCUCAUAAGAGGAGACAAGCGUCAUAAAUACCUACAGGAGAUAUUUCUGUACUUAAGUCACCUACAGAAAUUACACAGCAUGUUAAAAUUUUUAACACUUGCAAAAGAAAGAGGACUGUGAAACACAUUCUCGUUUUUUAUGUUACCUGAGAUGCAUCCUUCAGUCUAAAUUAAAUGCUUGUAAAUUAGUUUUUUAAUUAAUGGAAAACUAUCUGGUUUGUCACAGGCUGCAUGUGCUUGUUCAAAUCACCUCAUCAGAAACCUGGAACUAACGUGCAUAGCUCUUAUUUGUAGCUAGACAGAUUGAUGUCUCCAGAAUCCAUCAUUGAGGAGUCACCCAUGGAUCAGUGUAUGUAUGAUGUGAAAGAUAUUUAGAUCUGUGAAACAAAUCUAAAGUGUAAUGUUAUUUGCAAAAUACUGAGUAUUUACUUUAAAUAAAAAUGAUGCUGGGCUUCUCUCCAUUAUCACUGAA